AUCAAAUAUCGCCAACUGUACCGGUAUUCUGUAAAACACGGUUUAUAUGAAGGCGUUUUCUAAAGAUUAAACGACGUGUAAUUUGCGUAGUCUAACCGAAAUUACGAGAACUUAUCAUAUACAUAAGCACUCUUACUGUUUUUUUUUCAUUCCUUAGCUCGGCUUAAUUUCCUAUUUAACUAUUCAAUCUAAAAAAAAUAUUCUAAGAAUUAAAAAUUAAAACCCAUCACUGAUUUAUCUGUUGCGAAACGCAUGCAGCAGAGACCUACUAAUAGCUAAGUACGAGAUUGAAAACGACAAGAACGUGUUGAAAAAGUUGCGAAUUACGACUCAGUACAAAGUUUAUUGAAAAUUUUGCUAGCUGUCAGUGUAAAUUCACUAUUUAUUUAUUAAACUAUUAAAUAUGACCAGCUUAUUUCAAGUAACUACACGGAGUGCUGCAUUGUUAUUACUUGUAUGCGCUCUUUUCUCAUUCUUUGCGGAAGCAAAAAAGGAAAAAGAUGAGAGAGAAUGUGAAGGUAUGUAGACUUUAUAGGCCUAAUUUCAUCAUCAUUCCUUUGUUUUUUUAUAAUUCAGUUUCAUAAAAGGUAAAGUUCUUUGUUAAAUGAAGUCUAGUGACUCAGUCAGUAUUAGUUACUAAGACAACUUAGUAGUAUUAUAGUCUAUUAAUAUUUAAGUAGGCCGUAUGCCUAUAUAGACUAUAGGGUUACCAGACUAUACUAUAUAGGCCUACUAAUUUUAUAGAGUGUACUGACUGUAUUAGUAUUAGUAGCUAUAAAAUAUGGGAAGCGUUAUCCACACAGCUCUGUGAAUAACGUUGAGCGUUAUCGGCAGACCGAGGUCUGCGAAUAAUGCAGAGCGUUAUUGUUUGACAGAAAUGUUCCCAUAAUUACGCACAUUUCUAGAAAUAAUUAAGAUCACAUUCCAAGCCGGAGUAGGGGUGUAGUUUUAAGUAAUGUAGGAUAGAUCGAUCGUUAAUGAGAAUGGCACAAACACAUCUCAAAACCGAAGCUACCGGUAUGCACAAGUUAAAUUUAAAAAAUUUAAUAGGCCUAACUAUAGCCUAUAUAUUGGAUAUAGGACAAUUAAUUGUGCCUACAUCUGCUCUGUUAGGGGCCAACAUAUUCAACCUAUAGAGUGUUACUAAUAGAUCCAGUCAAACCUCCUACUCCUAGACAUAGCUAAUUUUCUGGUAUUUCAUAUUAAAUGGUAUACUUAUACCAGUAAUAAAAAUGGUACCGGAAUUCUCCAUGUAGACUCACUUUCACCCAUUGUAGAGAUGUCUUUAAAUGAUGUCAAAGCUUGAUAGGAUAUCGUUAUGUUUUUUUUAAAGCACUAUGAUAUAUCACAUAGUCCAGAAAUGUUCUGACAGAAAUAGUUGACAUGCCGUGCAACAGUGUUAUGAUGCAGAGAGGUGUCUCCAUCAGGCGGCCAUGUGAGAGACGGGGAGGGGUAUCUAGGCCCUACAUCGAUAAUAACAGAAUCUAAUCCUGUUUAAGGCUAGUAUUUUUUCCUGAUCCUUGAGGGUGUCCCUAAGUCUACCCAGCUCUGGCCUUAGCUUGGGAAAAGUAAAGCUGGCUGGUUAUUACGCUGGCAAUACACUCACACUUGUAAACGCUGCUUCAAUUGCCCCAAGGGAACUUUACUUCCCAAAGACUCGCAAUGCAUCCUACGACCAGCAGGGUUCCAAUUAAUUUUUGUAUGCUUUUUUUUGUAUUUAGACCCAUAGUUACAACAGUGGCAGUAUGGCUUUUUGUUUCAAUUAUCAACAUUUUUUUUACAAGAGCUAAAAUUGUUGAUGUCAAUGAUAUUGAUAUGUUUUAAGUACGGUACCGGUAUGUUCAUUUCAUUGUCAUCACUAAAUGUUAUUUCAACUAUUUCUGGAGCGGCAUAUUGUGUCCCUACUUAUUAUGAUACUUAUUAGAAAAUAAAAUGAAACAAAUAAAACGUGACAUAUUUUUUCAGCUAAACAUUAAUACACAACUCUGAGAUCUAAAAUAUUUGAAUAAGUAAGUUAUUAAUAAGUAUUUGUUUAUUAGAGAAAAAACAAAUGGAUGUUAAAGUCUAUGAGUGGAAUUAUACAAAGAAAAUUAAACAGUCAAAAGAGCUAAAAGUAUAUCACAAUGUACAGUUAGAACAGCUGUAUCUGACUUAAACAUGGUUUAUGCGGCUCAUCUGCAUGUCCAUGUUGUUUACAGUUUUUUUACGAAACUUGAAUGAACAUUCUAACAAAAUAGAUUGAAACUUGUAACAAAACUAUAUGAAAAUAAUAAUAAAACUAUUUGAACAGAAUAAGAAAGCUAUAUGAAGAAUAUUAUAAUAUAACACUACGAAAUAACCAUUAAAUAUUUUUUUCUUUUAAAUUUUUUAUAAAAAUGAGGCUUCCCCGACAGGGAAUCGAACCUAUGUCUGCCGGGUGACGGGCGGAGAUACUCACCACUACUCUACCUAGGAGAUGUUUACAUACGAACUUUGUAUUUUAUAUUCAAAAUUUAAUUUAUCACAUUCUGCAAAUAAUGUCGAGGGUUAUCGGCAGACCGAAAUCUGUGAAUAACGGCGAGCGUUAUCCGCUCAGCUCUGUGAAUAAUCACUUCGAUAAAAUAUAAUAAUAAUAAUAAUAAAGUUCAUUUCAAAACACGCCUCAUCCCCAAAGGCUCGAAGCGCGGUACAAAGUCAACAAAAAACAAAUCUAUAAUUUACCACAUUUAAAACAAAAGCAACUCUACAAAAACUAAUUACAAGCAUACAAUUGCAAAGUCUUUCUACCCAUUUCAACCCUGAGUAACACAGCUAACAUGCAUUAAAUGGAAAAUAUGGUAGACAAUCAUCCCAGAAGGUGUUUGCGAAAUAGAUGUGUCUUUAAAUCGGUUUUAAAGGACUCCAGUGUCUGGUUGUUUCUGAGAUCGACAGGAAGGGCGUUCCAAAUUGUUGGACCAGCAAAUGCGAAAGUGCGCUUUCUGUAAGUCUCAAGGCAAACACGUGGUGUCGAGAGUUUGCCAUUAUCGGAUGAGAGGAGCUCUCUAGUGGGUACAUAAGGCGUCAGCAGCUCUUUCAGAUAGGACGGAUAAGUAUAGGCGGAUAGGGCAGAGGUAAUUCCAAUUUGUUUUGACACAUCAACAUUGAACAGGGAUGAGAGUUUUCGUUGGUUAGUUUUUUAGAAUAUUUUUUGCCUAUACCUCACCUAGGCCUGGUAAAUUAAUUCAGUCUAGCCCAGUCCAUUGUUGGCUAGUACAUACAACAUUGUGAAAGUGAAGGAAUUUUUUUUGUACUAAGACUAAGCUGACUAAGUUAUACAUUUUCUUUAAGUUAAGGGCAUAGGAGAUAGUACUUAACUCGUACGGUACAUAGUUUUAUAAUGUCAUAAUGAAUAAUGCAUUUCAGUUUUGGAGGCAAAGAAAGGCUAGGCCUAUACUAAAAGUAAAGGGCCUAUAAUAUUUUAUUUCUAUUAAUAGUUAUAGGUCAUGAUGUAUUAUUACCCUUCAUCUUAAAGCCCUAUGCCUAUAUUAAUAUUUAAUUAAAAUUGGAUUGAUUGGGUCAGAGAUUGCACACAUUGUCACAUUAAGCAUUUAUUCAAAACUUUGACGUUAAAAAAGCAAGUUUGGGGGGGGGGAGCAUUUAAAAUUAAGUUGUGACAUUCUGAUGUUCCUCUCUCCUGUUUUCUAAGAAAUCUCUGACCUGGUAAUAAAAAAGAGACCUAAUUAUCUUAUGUGCUCAGGUUGAAAAGUUUCAAUAUCACGAGUCUUGAGUCAUAAAAUUAAUUUUGUGUGUUGAAGGAAGUUACACAUUCUUUUAUGUCAACUUUUUUUAAAAUCUUUGUCGAAUCAUGAAAUAGAAAUAUGAAUAGACGUGCACCAAAUUUUAGCUCUUUAUAGUUCCACUAACCAGAGAUAAAAACAUUUAAAGUAACCAAACCAUCCAAAAUAUGUCAACAAGCAUUUCUCAAAUAAAGAGUUCUAUCUAUGGACCAUUCAAUCCAAGCAGACCUAGUUCUUUAUGGUUUAUUUUAUUUACUUGCAGUUUGUAUUGGUGCCAUAAAUAAAUUUAAGGAAGAAAUAUCUGAAGAACUUUAUGGCAAUGUGGAGAAACUGGAAACAGCUUUCAGAAAGUAUUGCAAAAAAUUGCCAAAAGGUGGAAAGGAAAACCGAUUUGUAAGUAUGGUACAUUGACGUGAUUCUACAUUUUAAAGUUUUACAUAUUCAUCAGAUUAAGAUACUCCAGUCAUUACAUUGUAGUUUUUUUAAAAAUGAUUCUAUUCCUUUUUUUAGGCUAAAUGAAAGACACAUUCAAAAGAAAAUAAAAUAAAAUAGAAGCUUUUUAGAACAUAUACUUAGGCCAUAGCCCCAUAAGCACAGAAAAAAUUAUUCAUCAAAUGAUUUUUUUUCUAGUAUUUCAAAUAAAUAGUUUUGGUUCAUGGAUGUUUUCAAAAUUUUAAGAAAGCUUAGAAAUUGAUUUUAGAAUAUGGAACUUAAGUCUAGUUCAGUUAACUCAUAUAAAAGCUAUUUGCAUUAAAAUUUAUAUUUCUAGUGUUACUUUGUCGGUGGGACAGAAGAUGCAGCAACAGGCAUCUUAAGCAAUUUGAUUAGACCUUUAAGCUAUCAUCUCCCUUCUGACAAAAUCUGUGAGAAGCUGAAGGCUAUGGACUCGCAGAUUUGUGAGCUGAGAUAUGGUAAGUUAGCUUUGUUUUAUAGAAUUCUCAUUUUGACCCAUAUUUUCAAAGUUCUACUUAAAUCUUUAGCAUUCAGACCAAGCUGUUGGACGGAAUAGUUUUAUAGUUAAGUGCAGGGAAAAUACUACUCUGUUUUAUCAGUUUUAAAACAGUUGAAGUGAAUUAUCCAUUUCCAAUCUUUGUUUUUUUUUUUUGGCGAUAUUCUCAAACAUUGUAAGUUCUCAGUUGGCUAACUAUAAAUUAGGCCAUUUACUUAAAAAAAAAUCCCAAUUUAAAGUAUCCGUUAUAUAUUAUGUUACUGUAUCAGAUUGAUAAGGUUUUCUUGAAUAGUAGGAAGUUCAUACCAAUCAGGGGUGGGGGAGGGGGGUGUAGACUCCAGCAAUUGGUAAAACAACCAUGUCAAACUGAAUUUUGUAGAGUAGCUUUUUUUGGGUAUGAGUUUAAAGCUUAAAAAUGGAAGGUAGCAGUAAAGUUUUCAUUGGAUAAAAUUAACUUAUAAUAUCAACAGUUAAGUUUCAGCUGCGUGAAUAGUUUUUGACAGUUAAAAAAAUUAAAUACAAGUACAUGUAUAUAGGGCUCUACAAAAAUGAAUCUAAUGUGAUUAUUUCGUGGUGUUUUAUGUAACUACAACAUAAUAUAGUUGUAAAUAUAGGUAACCUAAGAGUCCCCCUCUGAAUUAUAUUUGCAUUAUCUCUUCAUUGUCAAUUUAGAUGUUAAGCCAGACUUCACCAAGAUUAAUAAGAUGAAAGUCGGAGAACUCAAGAAGAUUCUUUCUAACUGGGGUGAAGACAGUGCAUGCAAAGGCUGUGCUGAGAAGGCAGAUUUUAUCAAGAAAGUCAGGGAGCUGAUGCCUAAACAUGAUCCUGAGGAGUGGAAGAAACUUCAAGCAUUAGAGAAAGAAUUAUGAUCUAAAGAUAGUUAGGUGUUGAUUUGGUGUGGGCGUGGGAUUGCAAGAUAUAUAAAGGUUUGAAUGUUGGGUGGUGAAGACAUUUUGAUUUCUUUUGAAAGACUGGAAUGUAUGUGACAUUUUUCAUGAUGUUUUAUAGUGUGUGUUGGUGAAAUAUGAAUGGGGAAAAAUGUGUUUUCAUUCUUUAAAAGAAAACGUACGAGUAGAAUUGAUUCAAGUUAACUGUUUGGAUUUCAGCAUAACAUUAAAAGUCAGAUAAUUUGUCUAAAAAAUAUGAUUAAUUCCAUAGUUAAGGUGGUUUUUUUGUUUUAAAUUUUAAAAUUUUUUUAUUUUGGUUUUAAUUAAAAAACAGUAUGUUUAUGUUCCAAACUGUUAGAUUUCUCCAUCAGCUUGAUUGAUUAAUUUAAAACAAGUGAAGUUUCAAUAUUGAAAAAGGGGAAUUGAUAUUUGAAUUGAGUAGUUAGGUCUGAGUGGAGGGAAUUGGUGAGGCAGGCGAAAGCCCCACAUGGGCUAUAGUGCCACAGGGAUGGAUGUCUGCUCUUGUAUUGAAAUAGGGCUCAUAUGAAAAAGCGUACAUGUUGUAGUUGAUUUAAUGAACUUUUGAUCUGUCUAUUUUAAAAACUCUACUUUUUUGAUGAUCAAAUUGAUCACUUACAAUCUGGUGAUGUGUGGAUGCAUUUUUAUAAACUUCAAAUGUGUUUGAAAUGACGUAUGCUGCUGACUGACUGUUUACUGGAGUUAGUCAGUUUGUGUGAGGUGUCAUUGUUAACUAUAUUUAUAUACCAUAUCGCAGGGUUUAUAGCAUGACAAGGGACUGAGCACAAUCUGGUUACAAUCGUCAUAGAAUGUUUCCUGUGGCUUUCUCAUAUAUAUUUGGGGCUUAGAAUAAACUGAGAGGUUGCUGUUUUUUUUAAAAUGCAAGUAAAGUUACAAAUGGUUUGAUCUUGGUAUAUUCAGUUUGUGAAGAAUGGCUGUUAGUAAUGCAGUAAUGGUUCAGCUGCGAGUAUCUGAAGCAUGUCUUAGCUUGUGUACAAGACCCUUAAAUUUAGUGUAUUUGCAGAUGUUAUUUUUAGCAUUUUCCUAUUCAUGGUUUGUCACUGCUGUUUUUUUUUUUCUCAGUCUGAUUUUUCAUUUAAGUUUAAGUCAGAACUUCUUUUCAUUGCCAUGCUCUUGAUAGUUUACCUUUGUCACAGUUUAGUUUUUUACCUCUUUACUACUCUGAGAUGUUAUGGUCCUUUUUGGGAGUUUUAAAUUUAAGUUUUACAUGAGAUGCCAUGUUACACAAUGUAGUAAAAAGCACUUGAGAUGCGGUGCUCUACAAUGUAGUACAAACACCCUUGUAAUUGUAAGGAUACAUAAAGGACUGAGGUGGUAACUGGUGUACUUUGCUGAUUUGUUGUAACAACAGCCCUUGUAAUAUAUGUAUUAUUAUCUAACUGUCCCAGGCUUUAAGAACUUACAUUUGCAACAUCCACAUUUCUGAAAUUGAAAUAUAAAAUUAUGGAAACAAAGUAUGGCAAGUGAAGCCUAUAGACUUUAACUGUUUUGUCAUUUAUUGACAAGUGAAUCAGGACAUUGAAGCUAAAUUUUCUUGACCCAACUCUAGCUACACGAAUGACCAGCAAUCCUACAUGCUUAAUGGUUGUAACCUCAAUAUAUGACUCAUUCUCAUAGUGAGCUGAUCAUUUGUAGUAGACCCAUAUGGUUCAUUUAGUAUUGCUAGGUGUUGUAGUGUUGGUUAUUUUCUGGUUAUGUUGAACCAAAGUCAGGGUGUUGGUUACUACUCAAUGUGACAUGUUGUAUUGUUUGGACUUUGUCAAAUAAAUCUGAGAUGAUUUAAAUUAUUAGAUUGUUUGAGUUGACACUCUGUAGUCUACUGUAGUAAUUGCUGUUAAUAGACUUUAUUCAACUGUCCCCCAGUUGCUAU